GUAAAUUAAUGUUAAAUUAAUCAUGUGUCCCGAAAGGAAAACAUGCUUGAGUCAAUUUGAUAUAAAACUUAAAUGUCUAUUCAAAAUUCAGUUACGAAAAGGGCAGCCAUGAGAUUGACACUGUUGUUGUUAUUCGGUUUUGUUUGUGAAAUAUCGCACGCUAUACACAUUAAGCGUAAGAACACAAAAUAUGUGGACUACUUGACAAGAUAUGGUUAUCUCGAAGCAUCCUCAGUACGAUGUGACCAUAAAUAUUGCAAGGUCAAUAGCAAAACAUUCAAGAAUGCUGUCAUAUCAUUGCAACAUUUUGCGCACUUGGAUGCGACAGGCAAGCUGGACAGGAAAACUAGACAUUGGAUGUCAUUGAUCAGAUGUGGGAUUCGCGAUGUAUACAGAAGUCGAUCGAAGAGAAAUUCAUUAGUUUUAGGAAAAUGGCCUAAGCGAUACCUGACUUACAUGAUAACAAACUAUCCAUCGACAAAAGGUCAUCAUGACAUCGACAUCGACUCUAUGGUAUCCUUAGCUUUCAUGAUAUGGACUUCCCCAACUGGAAUUGUUUUUGCUCAGAAAGAGGAAGGACCCGUCAAUAUAAUAAUUAAGUUUGGCAGUCUGGAACAAGAAAUGGGUAAAAUAAGAUAUGCGAAUACGAAAACAGAUCGCACCAGCACCAUUACAAUCAACGACGAUAUCCCAUGGGAAACAGAAGCGCCGAAUGUACCGAGCUUAUUCCAAACACUGAUCCACGAAAUAGGACACGUUAUUGGUUUAGGUCAUACCGAUGUCGUGGACGCAAUGAUGUAUCCUGUGUACAAAUUUGGAAACAUGAUUUAUUCACUUCAUGAGGAUGAUAUACGUACCGCUCAGGAAAUUUACAAAGACAAGGUUGUUUCGUAUCCAAACCGAUACCAGUAUCUAAAAUUCAAGAGAGAUUUCGAGAAAGCUUUCACAGAUUUUAAUAAGGACAUGAAAGACGCAUUCGGUAUAGACAUACCAAUACCUGAAAUGCCGAAUGAAUUCUUUCCCGAAGGAUAUUAAAUUUCUUUUACGAAUAUGAGUAAUACGGAUUAGUGAUACUAUUUUACGAAUUAUUGUUUUAUAUUUAACUCGUAAUAAUAAUAAAUCACUUGAAA